ACGGCAGCAGCAGCAGCAGCAGCAGCAACUAACUCUCUCCUGUCUUUUUCUUUCCUUUCUGGAGUUGCUUUCUGCUCAGAGGACAAAAGCCAAGGAAGUAGAAGAGAAGUGAUCCGGGGCUGAAAGCUGCUAUUAAAAACUAAACCAAAACGCAGACCUGGCUGCCCCCAUGCCUAUCGAAUUUGUUUGCAAAAUCAAAUUUGCAGAAGAGGAUGAGAAGCAGAAAAGCAAGCCGGAUGGGGACAAGGAGAGCCUGAUCGAGGAGAGCUGCACACCUCCGGCUAAGCACUUGGCCGGAUUUGCUAACUCCUGCUCUCUUCAUGGGAUUAACCACAUCUUUGUCUCCGGUCGCCUGGGCAUCCGGCAGACGAUUUGGACUCUUGCUUUUCUGACUUCCCUGGCACUGUUUCUGUACCAUGCUGCUAAGUGUGCCAUCUCUUACUUGGAGCACCCUCAUGUGACUGCUCUGAAUGAGGAGGCGAGCCCAGAGAUGGUUUUCCCCGCUGUGACCAUCUGCAAUAUCAACCGCUUUCGCUUCUCUGCGCUCACCGAUGGCGACAUCUACCACCUGGCAAACUUGACGGGACUGCCCCCCAAAAACAAGGAUGGGCACAAACCGACUGAUUUAAUGUAUCCCGCCCCUGACAUGCAGGACAUCUUCAACAGGACAGGACAUCAGUUAGAAGAGAUGCUCAAGAGCUGCAAUUUCAGUGGACAGAACUGUUCAGUCGAGGACUUCUCUGUGGUUUACACCCGAUAUGGGAAAUGCUAUACCUUUAAUGGCAACAAGACGACAUCCAGGAAAAGCAAACAGGGUGGAAUGGGAAAUGGGCUGGAGAUCAUGUUGGAUAUCCAGCAGGAUGAGUAUCUGCCCAUCUGGAGAGAGACAAAUGAGACGUCCCUGGAGGCCGGCAUCCGAGUUCAGAUCCACAGUCAGGACGAGCCUCCCUACAUCCACCAGCUGGGCUUUGGCGUCUCUCCGGGUUUCCAGACCUUUGUUUCAUGUCAGGAGCAGAGGCUGACCUACCUGCCCCAGCCCUGGGGGAACUGCCGCUCCACCAGCAAAGAGAAGUUCCCGGGAUACGACACAUAUAGCAUCAGUGCAUGUCGCCUGCUCUGCGAGACCAACGAGGUCCUGCGAGUGUGCGGCUGCAGGAUGGUGCACAUGCCCGGAACUGCAGAUAUCUGCCCUCCCAAUAAAAUCAACUGUGUUGAUAAAGCACUCGCCCAGCUACAGAAGAACAGUGGGGAUACAUGUCCAUGCGAGACACCCUGUAAUCUCACCCGCUACGGUAAAGAGCUCUCCAUGGUCAAAAUCCCCAGCAAGGGCUCUGCUCGCUAUCUCUCCAGGAAAUACGACAAGUCAGAGGACUACAUCAGAGACAACUUCCUGGUCUUAGAUAUCUUCUUCGAAGCUCUCAACUAUGAAACAAUUGAGCAAAAAAAAGCCUACGAUGUUGCAGGUUUAUUAGGUGACAUUGGUGGACAGAUGGGCUUAUUCAUUGGAGCCAGCAUCCUGACAGUCUUAGAAAUACUGGAUUAUAUCUAUGAGAUGAUCAAGCACCGGCUCCAACGCCUGCUGAGGCCCAAGAAAGAGGAUAAGAAGAACAAGAGCAAGCCGCCGACCAGCACUGUUGCAACAGUGGGUCUCGAGGAAAUAAAAGCAAAGUCUUUACCACAGUGCGAAGCACGUCUUCCCCUGGAGCUUGGAUUUAUGAUUGCACAACUUCAUUCUCAGGAGCCGACUGACACGACCCAGAGCCACCCAGAGGGAGCGUACGCCAACACGAUCCUCCCCAACCACCACCACCCUGUCCCACACCCCCACCACCACGCCGGGCACCACGGGGUAUUUGAGGACUUCGCUUGCUAAAACCAACCGUCGUCCUGGUGACGCCAAAAGAUUUUAAAAAACGCCUGUGUUCAGAUCAAUAACGGACCCUUGGCAUUUACGUCUCUCAUUUGCUGUCACCAGUGAAAAGCUACAGCAAAAGUCAAACACCGAACUCGUGCUGCUAACAAAGCACUUGUACAUAUACAGUAGGCACAACAUGGACACCGCUUUUCUUUUUUUUCCUCCCGGAUGGGACACCUCAACUUUUUGCAUCAGGACCAAUUUUUGGGACAUGAUCACGACAAUGGGACAAGAGGACUGUAUUUCACCUUAAUCAAGUUCAAAUCCCAGUGAUUUAUUUAUUCAGCUAGCGUCUCUGAUUUCUUUCUGUCUGUAUCUCUCCAUUCAUCCCUUCUCCAACUGUUCCUCCUACUUCACGGAAAACACACUGUACCAUUGAAAGACAUGUUCUAAAUGAUGUAUUCAUUGAAAGAGAUACUAUUAUAUAUAUGUUCUAUAUUGUAUACAAGGUGACAAUACUCACAGAAAACAAAUCGUACUCGUGUUACAUCCACUCAAAAUACGAGGGGAAUUAUUUAGGCUGAACUGUAGACCUUGGCUUUAGAUCUAGCAGCAUCUUUCCACAUGAUAAACUGUGUCUGGUUUGUGCUUGAGGUGUUAGAGAGUAGCAUUGUACCUGUACAUAAAGUCUAACUUUAAAAUGAGAACGUUUUAAAGUUCUGUUUCAAUGGUUGUCGCUUAGAUUCAGUUAAUAUAUAAUUAAUGUCAUAAUAAUUUGAGUUAUUAAUAGAGGAGAUUUUUCUAUGACAAAAGCGGUCACGAUUGUAGCAAAUACUCACAUUUACAAUCUGCAGGUAUGGUAGACUGCCAAACAUCAAUCAAUACAUUUGUCCAGAAAACCAAAAUGGACUGUAUGGAUCGUGACUAUUAUCUACAUCGUUUUCUUUUUUGAGUCCUGGUUUUUCUAAGAUGACACACACAUCCUGGAUUAGGAGUUAUGUGAUCUAAGUACAACCGUUAUGACAUGUUUGUACUCAGAUUAUUCUUAUUCAAUGCAUUUCUGCCCACCGUCCACUCUUCACUUUGGUUAGCACCAUAACUUCAAGCUGACAUAAGCAAUAAGAAACCGAAUUUAGUUUUUUGCCGAGUCAUCUCCUUCAGCUUGUGAGGCCUCUGUAGAAGUGUAGCAGCUAUUUACUGUGUGCAUGUGUGUGUGAGUGAGUGUGUAUGUGGUUGUUUGUUUGUUUGUUUGCAUGUGCACUUUAACAUCCUGCACACAUGACUGAGCACAUUAGGCUGAUGCGAUUCGGUGGGAAAAAAAGGUUUGAAAAUCGACAUAGUUAGCAAAAAAAAGCAUAGAGUGUUAUUGCAGUAGUAAGGUUUAUAUCUAAUAAACGUAGAGUUAGAUUUAAAAAAUUGCUCUGGAAGCUAAAAUAGUCUUACUGGGUAACUUAAUCCUCAAUUGACGGGACAAAGACAAAACUUAUUUGAAGAGCACAAGUUAGCCAAGAGGGAAUGAAGACUAAAAAAGGAGACCUUCACAUUGAUUCACUCAUAAUCAUGUUGUUAUCACGGAUGGUCGGCUUGCUUAUUUGAACUUAAACAACACUUUACCCCGACUUUGUGAGGCUUUGGUCUUUCUUCUUCUUCAGAACUAACUCUAUAAAUUGAGAUGUUUUGGAUUACACUGUUAAAAAAUCAACAACGGUCCCAACUACACUGUCAUAUAAGUGGGACCAACCACAACAAACAAAGUAGUUCAGGUAUUAAUUUUACGGCACAUUUAUAGGGCAUUGUUACUGUCGGUGGUCAAAAAUGGGGUCCAGCUCUUUAAAAUCACUUUGUAGUUUUUCAGCA